AUGGACCUGAAGCUGGGGGAUGGCUCUGGAAUCACCAAUAAUUUUCGUCUGUUUGUGCUUGACCAUGUCCGGCAGCAGCCCAGCAUCAAGGCAUCUACUUCCCAAGAGCGUGGACAAUGCUACCUUACCCUGUCCUGCUUGGUGCCCAAAGCUGACUGGGUCACCUACAGCUGGUCUCGAGGCAUAUCUUCACACCCAGCCCCAGAGGACCAUUGGCUCCAAGAGCAUCAAGCCGAUCUGCAGCUGGAGAUCACUAAAAGCGGCAACAACACCUUCUAUCACUGCAAUGUCAGCAAUGCCAUCAGCUGGGGCAUGGCCACCAUCGAUGUCAAACCGCUGUGCAACUACACAAGUAAGUGCCCCCUUUGCACCAGACAUACGAGGGGGGCCAGGGAUGUUUAG